AAUUUUGCCCACUGAUAACAGAAAUUUCUAUAUAAAUCAUCUUCAUGAGCAAACCGAUUUGUUGAUUCAAAUCCAAAAAGUGAAAAUGAAAUCAUCAUCAAUCGCCAUCUUGGUGCUUGUGUUGGGCAUCGUCAAUGCUCGUCCAGCAUCGAUCACAACUUUCGAAGAGUACAAACAAGCUUUCGGUAAGAAAUAUGAAAGUAUCGAACAGGAAAUGGAAGCUCGGAAAAAUUUUCUCGAAUCCUUGCAAUUUGUCCAAGAAAAUAAAGGAGCUGCCAUCAAUCAUUUAUCCGAUUUGUCAUUGCAACAAUUCGAAAAUACAUACAUGAUGAGUCGAGAAUCGUAUGAAGCUACUGUCCGUGCUCAAUUGAGUGCCAAAUUAGACUUUUGCGAAAUCACUGCUCGCACUACAAUAGCAGCAUUGGAUUUACGUUCAUUGAAUCAUCUGACACCGAUCCGUGAUCAAGGUGCAUGUGGUUCAUGUUGGGCUUUUGCCGGUGUAGCUGCUGUUGAAUCAGCAUAUUUAGCGUACAAAAAUCAAACGCUCAAUUUAGCCGAACAAGAGUUGGUCGAUUGUGCUGCAAACCGGGGCUGUCAUGGUGAUACCGUGCCAAGAGGUCUUGAUUAUAUCCAAGAAAAUGGUAUUGUCGAAGAACAAGUCUACGAAUACAAUGCAAGAGAAAACUAUUGUGAACCGCCGGAAAAAACAAGACAUUCCAUCCAACAAUAUUGUCAGAUUGAUCAUUCUAAUGUUCACUUGAUUAAAACAGCUUUGGAUACUCACAGAUCGGCACUUGCUGUCAUCAUCAACAUUCAUAACAUCAACGCUUUCCGUCAUUAUGAUGGAAGUUAUGUUAUGAGAAGCGAUCGUGGUAUCCUUCCACAUUAUCAUGCUGUAAACAUUGUCGGUUACGGAACAACAUCCGAAGGCGUCGAGUAUUGGAUAGUACGUAAUAGCUGGAGCGAUAGCUGGGGGGACAACGGAUUUGGAUAUUUUGAAUUGGAUGAAGAUCUCAUGCAAAUAGAACAAUAUCCGUAUUUGGUUGUGUCAUUGUAAACAUUUUAAAAAAUUUCUAAUUCGAAUUCUCUGAGUAAUUUUAUCAAUAAAAAAUCAUCUGCCAUGA